UCUCUGCCGCCGGCCAGCAGACUCUGCAGGUCUCUGCGGGUUUGGGGGGGCAGUCGUGACGGUUGGGCAGGAGUGAAGCUCUUAGCCCCCUCCCCAUCGGGUUCUUCCCUCCUCUGGGCGGCCAGCCCCCACCAGGACCCCCCAGGGCUCCAGGGGCUCCAGGGCUCCACACCAGCAUGCGGGAUGGGGUCUGCCCACCCUAUUCCCAAGUCUUCUGCCCCAAGGUGGGCAUCCGCCUGCAGCUGUGGCCUUGUCUCCCCAGGUCUUGAGGCCCGGGGUCCUGCCGGAGCUCUGCGCUGGGGGAGCUCACCCCAGGUGGGGGAUCAGGAAGCCCCCGAGGUCAUGGAGCCCAGCCGUCUUGUGGGGGAGAGCUCCGGGGGAGAGGUCCGAAAGCAGCAGCUAGACACCAGGGUCCGCCAGGAGCCGCCAGGGGGCCCGCCUGUUCACCUGGCUCAGGUGAGUUUCGUCAUCCCAGCCUUCAACUCAAACUUCACCCUGGACCUGGAGCUGAACCAUCACCUCCUCUCCUCGCAAUAUGUGGAGCGUCAUUUCAGCCGUGAGGGGACAACCCAGCACAGCACUGGUGCCGGAGACCACUGCUACUACCAGGGGAAGCUUCGGGGAAACCCGCACUCCUUUGCCGCCCUUGCCACCUGCCAGGGCCUGCAUGGGGUCUUCUCUGAUGGGAACUUCACUUACAUUGUGGAGCCCCGUGAGAUGGCUGGGCCACGGGAAGCCCGCCAGGGACCCUUUCCCCACCUCAUUUACCGGACCCCUCUUCUCCCAGCCCCCCUCGGAUGCAGGGAGCCAGGCUGCCUGUUUGCUGCCCCUGCCCAUGUUGCUCCCCUGAACCAGCAGAAGCUGAGGAGGAAAAGGCAGGUCCGCCGGGGCCACCCGACUGUGCACAGUGAGACCAAGUAUGUGGAGCUGAUUGUGAUCAAUGACCACCAGCUGUUUGAACAGAUGCGACAGUCGGUGGUCCUCACCAGCAACUUUGCCAAGUCUGUGGUGAACCUGGCUGAUGUGAUAUACAAGGAACAGCUCAACACCCGCAUUGUGCUCGUCGCUAUGGAAACAUGGGCAGAUGGGGACAAAAUCCAGGUGCAAGAUGACCUCUUGGAGACCCUGGCCCGGCUCAUGGUCUAUAGGCGGGAGGGCCUGCCUGAGCCCAGCGAUGCCACUCACCUCUUCUCGGGCAAGACUUUCCAGAGCACCAGCAGCGGGGCUGCCUACAUGGGGGGCAUUUGCUCCAUGGCCCGGGGUGGGGGUGUGAACGAGGUGAGCAGUGUGGGGGCACAGCUCGGGUGGGAAACUGAAGGGAGGGGGGCUGUGAAGGGCAUGAGCCCUGUGAUGUUGGAGGGUGUAGACAUCUUUGUGCCCCAUCUUCCUCACCCCCAGUUCGGCAACGUGGGGGCCAUGGCGGUGACCCUGGCCCAGACGCUGGGGCAGAACCUGGGGAUGAUGUGGAACAAACACCGGAGCUCUGCAGGGGACUGCAAGUGCCCCGACAUCUGGCUGGGUUGCAUCAUGGAGGACACUGGGUUCUAUCUGCCCCGCAAGUUCUCGCGCUGCAGCAUCGACGAGUACAACCAGUUUCUGCAGGAGGGCGGUGGGAGCUGCCUCUUCAACAAGCCCCUCAAGCUCCUGGACCCCCCUGAAUGCGGGAACGGCUUCGUGGAAGCGGGGGAGGAGUGUGACUGCGGCUCCCUGCAGGAGUGCAGCCGCACGGGCGGGAACUGCUGCAAGAAAUGCACCCUGACGCACGACGCCAUGUGCAGCGACGGGCUCUGCUGUCGCCGCUGCAAGUACGAGCCGCGGGGCGUGUCCUGCCGAGAGGCCGUGAACGAGUGUGACAUCGCGGAGACCUGUACCGGGGACUCGAGCCAGUGUCCCCCUAAUCUGCACAAGCUGGAUGGUUACUACUGUGAUCAUGAACAGGGUCGCUGCUAUGGCGGUCGAUGCAAAACUCGAGACCGGCAAUGCCAGGCUCUCUGGGGCCAUGCGGCUGCUGAUCGCUUCUGCUAUGAGAAGCUGAAUGUGGAGGGGACGGAGCGUGGGAACUGUGGGCGCAAGGGGUCAGGCUGGGUCCAGUGCAAUAAACAGGACGUGCUCUGUGGCUUUCUCCUCUGCGUCAACAUCUCUGGGGUCCCUCGUCUCGGGGACCUGGGGGGAGACAUCAGCAGUGUCACCUUCUACCACCAGGGCAAGGAGCUGGACUGCAGGGGAGGCCAUGUGCAGCUGGCUGAUGGCUCAGACCUGAGCUAUGUGGAGGAUGGCACAGCCUGUGGACCCAACAUGCUGUGCCUGGACCAUCGCUGCCUGCCAGCCUCUGCCUUCAACUUCAGCACCUGUCCGGGCAGUGGGGAGCGUCAGAUCUGCUCCCAUCAUGGGGUCUGCAGCAAUGAAGGGAAGUGCAUCUGUCAGCCAGACUGGACAGGCAAAGACUGCAGUAUCCACAACCCCCUGCCCACAUCCCCACCCACGGGAGAGACAGAGAGAUACAAGGGUCCCAGCGGCACCAACAUCAUCAUUGGCUCCAUCGCCGGGGCAGUCCUGGUUGCAGCCAUCGUCCUGGGCGGCACGGGCUGGGGAUUUAAGAACAUCCGCCGAGGAAGGUACGACCCUACCCAGCAGGGGGCAGUGUGACACCGGCCACCUCAUUCCUCCUGCUGUCUCGUCUCCUCCAUCUCAUUUGCCUCGCAUUCUGUUGUUGGGGAGUUUCAUUCUGGUGUUGGGGUGCUGGGGCUGAUUCUCCCACCCCUGCUGGCAGCCCUGUCACUAUGAGGGUGGGAGAAGCCCAUACUGGGAAGCAAGUCCCCAGCCUAUCCUGCCCCCUGUCUCACCUACCCAUCCUCUCAGGCCUUGGGCCACCUCCUGCUGCCCCUCCUGUGGCCACACCACCCCUGACCAGGUGGGUCCUGGAGCUGUGCCCCUCACAGCCCCUGGCCCCUGGGAAGGGAGCCUCUGUGUCACAUCUGUUUUGUCUACCAUGUCACCACUGUCUGACCCUGCCUGGCCAGCCUGUCACUUACCUCCUCCAGGGCCUAGCACUGACCUCCCAGGCCCGGCUAGAGGGCUUGCCCUCUGGGCUCUGGCUCAUAUCCUCCCCUGAUGCCCCGUCUCCAUUCCAGAUCCGGAGGGGCCUAAGUGCCACCCCCUGCCCUCCAAGCCUGGUGCCCACUGACUCAGCCCUGAACCAUGAGGCUGCCCCUGCCCAGCCACAGAAGGAGGCACCAUGCCAAUGUCUUCCAGCCCCAAGCCCUUCAACUCCUGGCCCCAGUAGGGCUUUGGGGGGAAUGGCCCUGCCCUUUGCACCACCAGGGUGGACUGGGCCUGGAGGGCAUUUCCCUCUUGGUUCCCCACCUCACCUCAUGCAGCUUUGGCCUUGCACACCAACCCCCCUCUGUAUGAAUGUAGCUUCCAUCACCACAAACUGCCACAGCUCAAGUAGGGGCCUGGCGGGAUGCCCCGGCAGGGGCAGCAGCCACCAGCAGAUAUGGCCUCGGAUGGCCCCUCCUCAAAACCAGGCAACGGGGACCAGGGUCUUAGCUUUCUGGGACCCGGUGGGAGGGGGCUGACAUCUACAUUUUUUUUUAACUGAAUCUUAAAUGAUGAAUGUAACCUUGGGGUGCUGGGGCCAGGGCAUUCCAUUUGUGGGGGGUGUUUUGAUGGUUGCCGGAGGGCCUGGGAGAACUGAGAUGUGGCCAUCCCCUGGGAUGAUCCCACCAGAAGUCCUCUCAAUGCACACAGCCAUGCUCAGGCCCAGUGGUGCUGGGCCUCACCGCUCAUCCCCCCAGCCCAGCCCCUCUGGGUUCUGAGAGAAGUCUGAGUGCUGAAUUCAAACCAAAGCUGCCUGUUCUGUGCCCAAGGCCUAGAUUAUGGGUACGGCGACCACAAAUCCCAGAUUCUCUUCAAUUCCAAAACCAUUGUCCUGCUGUCUCUGCCAGGACGUACUUGUUUGGGGGUUUAGAAAAUACAGUCCCUGAAAUAAAAUGGCACCUUCUCCCUUUCAAGAAGGGUGAUUCUGGGGCUGACUCAGGGUUUAGGUGCCCCCUGAUGUGGCCUAGAGGCCCCUGGCUGGGCCAUCUUCCUAGGUAGGGUAGGCCAGAGGUGGUCCAGUGCCUGGAGGGCUAGGGGCUCAGCCUGUGACAUGCAAGAGGGGGGGGAAGGGCAGGUCUCAGGUAUGACCCUUGGCUUCUAGGGAAGUCCUCAAUGUGUUGUCUCUGUCAAACCCAUUCUGCUCCUUACCCCACUUCCAGGGCCGGGUAGCAAGUUUACAGAUGUUCUCCCCAUCCUGUCCUCUGACUCCCUGCAGUGGCCAAGCCUGAGUGACGAGGUCUGGGCCAGGCAGAACUCCCUACCCACACAGACAGUCCUGCCCAGGCCUUUCCGCAUGGCCCUCGCUUGGCACGGAGGAGCAGCUCCUUGGCAGCUGAAAGCCAGCUGGCAGGGGCAAGAUGGGGGCAAGCUACCUUAUGGAUGAAAGCCACAAAAGCGUGGAGCCCUUCUCCCCAGGGAUUAGACAUCCAGACUCGGCAGAGGUCCUGAACCCCCAGGCCUUUGAGCUGCCUGUUGCAGUUUCUUUGUUUCUGAGGUGUCUCAGAGGAGGAGUCACGGGGGAAACCUCGCUCCCUGCUUAUCUGCACCACCCAUCAGGGGCAAACCAAACUGGGACUGGAACCCACUGACAGCCUUUUGGGUGGCUGAUGGCAUCUGGCUACAGUGGGGUCCUCAGUACUGAGCUCCAGCUGGCACUGCCCAAGGGAGGGGGGCUGGGUGGGGUGCCCCCCCGGCCAGUCCUUUCCCACCAGCCUCAUAAGCUGGGCAGGGCAGGAUGGGAAGGGCUGGGUUUUGCACUAUUGCUGCAAUACCUUAAGGCAUCUUCUGGCGGUGCACACAUGCACACAGGUGGCGAUUCUUCUGGGCAAAAGCAUUUGGAUCCACAUCUCUGCACAAGUGUGAAUACCUCUGUGCACACAUGGCAUGUCUGUGUAUGUGCACACACAUAUAUGGGGAGGCGUGGAGAACAUGAGACUUCCUCUGACCAGUCCAUCCUGGCUCCCAGCUGUCUGCAUCCUCCUUUCCCCCCUUGGCAGUGCCUAGGGAGGAGCAGAGGCUGCACUGGCCUGGGCCUUGAACAGGUCCCAUACAGCAUCCUGUACAUAUGUCAUUGGGGCUGGGGGGUGGGGAGGCAAGACAUGAGCAUCGAUUAAAGACUACAUCCUGGGGCUUCCAUGGAGCUCACACCAAGCUUGUUUCUCUCCUUUCUGUGAAUGAUUGAACUGUGACUGGGUUCCCCCCAGCCCUGGAGGGAGCAUGAUGACUGGGUCCUUGAAGGAGGAAAGUGAGCCCUCAGUAUGGGUGGGGGUCAGGAAAGAAGGGGUGUGGUUUCCUAUUCCUGGUGAGGAAUAGGCACUGACUGGGUGGAGGGCCUGGCCCUUCCGCUUUCUCUACUCCAACAAAGACAGUUGUGUGUGGCCCAGUCCCUGUGGCUAUAAAGGGCACAUGUUACUCACAUGGCAAGAGGCAAAGCCAGGCAACCCAACAUCCCUUUUCUGCUUGAAGCCAGAGAAGCCUCUCAGAUCCCAAGAGAUUCUAGAAAGCUGGGAAAAACCACUAACCUGGCCCCAGGGCAUCAUGCUGGGAGGUGGGCAGAGGAUUUGCUCUUUCCCACCUCUCCUUUCUCCUGCUGUGGGCCAGGGCUGAGAACUCAGUCGCUGUUUGGAGCCAGGCACCUGUUACUGCUCUCAUCUUCCUCUUCAAAAAGCAUUGGGCUGGCAGUCUUGGUAGUCAGGGAGACUGAAGGUAAGGGCUGUUGGAGCACCUCUCAGGGUCCAGGAGUCCUGCUAGUUCAGGGAAAGAUAAGAUGAAAGAGGUGGGGAUGGGAAAACGAAAGAGAGGAGAUAAUGACAGCAAGAAAUAGCAGCAGGCAGGGCCUGGGGAGAACGAGCAGCUAGGAGCUCUAGGGCCAUAGCCUCACUCCCAAACUACCAGGCCUCCCCAGGGCCCCCUGGCAUGGCCAAAUAAGAGGCCAUUGGCCACUGGGGCUCACCUGCAGAAAGAGCAAGACAUGGCCUGGUCCCAAUGCUGUUCUGGCACCUCCAUCCCCCAGGACCCCUGGCAAGAUCUGACCCAGUCUCCCCCCCACCACCCGGGAGCCAAGCAGCCUCUUUCCAUUCAGUUCCUGGCAAGAGGAAGGCCAGCAGGAAUCAUCCUCAAACCCAUCAGUCACGAACAGAAGCUAGCUAGGUCUGUCCUUGUCUUCUUUGCUCUGGGCUGGAGAACCCUAUUUUUAACUUUUCUCAUUGCU